UCCCAUGAUUCUUUGCGUCUAAUCGUUGCUUGUGGUGCUAGCUGUACAGUUAGCUAGCUAGGUACAGAAAUUAUAGAUAAAAGUUGUCAACACGUUUCUCAUUCGGUAUCUAAAUCAAACCUACCGCGACAAUGAAAGAUGUUACCGGGUACCUCAAAACGCAACAGAGCAUGAGCUCAACUCCGGAGAUGGCAUCGGAAUGGCACACACUAGAGGAGUUUUACAACAAAAAGUUGUGGCAUCAGUUGACCCUAAAGCUCACAGACUUUGUAAAAGACCCUUGCUUUGCCACAGGAGAUGGCCUCAUACAGCUGUAUGAUAACUUCCUCAGUGACUUUGACCACAGAAUCAACCCCCUGUCUCUGGUGGAGAUCAUCCUGUAUGUUGCCAGACAAAAGACAGAUCCUAAAGAUGCUAUCACUUUCCUUGAGAAGACUAAGGAGAAGGUGAAGAGCAACGACGAGUCGGUCAUUCUGUGCAAGACAUCUAUUGGAGCCCUAAAACUGGAGAUAAAUGACCUUCCAGCCACAAAGAUAUUAAUUGAGGAGGUGGAGGAGACGCUGAAUAACUUGCCGGGUGUGACGUCAGUCCACGGGCGAUUCUACGACCUGUCCAGCAAAUACUACCGCAUCGUGGGGAACCAUGCCUCUUACUACAAGGACGCUCUGCGCUACCUCGGCUGUGUCGACAUCAAAGACCUGCCAGAGACAGAGAAGCAGGAGAGGGCUUUCACACUGGGUCUGGCUGGACUCUUAGGAGAAGGAGUUUACAACUUCGGAGAGCUGCUGAUGCACCCAGUACUGGAGUCCCUAAGGAGCACAGACAAGCAGUGGCUGAUAGACACAUUGUACGCCUUCAACGGAGGCAACGUGGAGAAGUUCCAGGCCUACAAGUCUGCCUGGGGAGCGCAGCCUGACCUGGCAGCCAAUGAAUCCAAACUGAUGCAGAAGAUUCAGCUGCUGUGUGUGAUGGAGAUGACGUUCACUCGUCCCGCCAACAACAGACAGCUGACCUUCCAUGAGAUUGGACAGAGUGCCAAGAUCCCCGUGAACGAGGUGGAGCUGCUAGUGAUGAAGGCUCUGUCUGUGGGUCUGAUCAAAGGAAACAUUGAUGAGGUGGACCAGAAGGUUCAGAUGACCUGGGUGCAGCCCCGAGUACUGGACCUGCAGCAGAUCAAGGGCAUGAAGGACCGGUUGGACGUCUGGUGUGGGGAUGUGAAGAACAUGGCUGUGUUGGUGGAACAGCAGGCCCACGAUAUCCUCACCUAGACAGGCCUCCUCCCUCUGGUCUCCCCCUGGUCUCCAUGGCCCUGUCCAGAACAACCCCCCUAACCUCUAGACACUUGUAGAGAUCAGAGAAGAUUUGAUAGGUUUAUGCAGUAUGAUGAUAGUACCUUGCCCUCUGAUAGGCUAGGUAGAGUUUUGGCCAUGUUGCUGACACCAGUCAGAUCCUCUCAGACGAGGGUCUAAGGUGGAGGUGGCAGGAUUUUCUUCUGGACAGGGCCCUUCUCCCAGCCUGUUCACCCCCAGAACAGACACCUUCAACAGACACCACCACAGGAAUCCUCUCUUCAUUCCUCUACCUACCGAUCUCCCAGAAGGACUGAUGCAUCCAACUUUUUCAGUUUUUUUGUGUUUGUAUUUUUGUUGGGGUGCUGUGUACGUUCUUGUUACUCUAUAGCAGUAAAUAAAUAAAAGAAAACAUUGUUGAAUUUUGAAAUAAAAAUUACAAAUGCUG